AAGAUGUUGAACACCACUGGUGUCCAUUAGCAAUGAUUAAAUAUAAUUAAGAGGCUUGUUUCUCUCAAAGCUCCAACCAUUAAAAAUUUGUUCAUCUUUUCACAUGGGAGAAGCUCAACAAGUUCAACUCAGCAUCAGAGCUGAGGAAGCUAAUGAAGGAGAUUCUCAUGGCUUUGCAAAUGAAUCCCACCACUCAACUAGCCCUCAAACCAGAAAAGUUACGGUUUGGAUUCGAAUUGGGAUUUAUUCAUUCCUUGUUCUAUUUGGGCAGGCAGUAGCAACUUUAUUAGGGAGAUUAUACUAUGAAAGAGGUGGAAAAAGUAAAUGGAUGGCUACACUAGUUCAGCUAGCUGGCUUUCCAAUUUUUCUUCCUUACUAUAUCUAUUUCAUCCCAACCAAAAAGUACAAAACCAAUCACAACACUACUAAUAAUACUACCAUUACUCAUUCUGUCCAAUCAGAAAAACCAUCUAUUGUGACCUCAAUUUACUUGGUUCUUGGCCUACUCAUAGCAGCAGAUUGUUAUCUUUACUCAGUUGGUCUUAUGUACCUUCCAGUAUCAACUUUUUCAAUCAUAUGUGCAUCCCAAUUGGCUUUCAAUGCUUUCUUCUCAUUCUUUCUCAACUCACAGAAGUUCACUCCUUACAUAAUUAACUCCUUAGUGCUUCUCACUAUCUCUUCUGUUUUGCUAGUUUUCGAACCCGAUUCUGAAGAGUCUUCUAAAGUCUCAAAAGGGAAGUUUGCAACUGGGUUUGUUUGCACUGUGGGUGCAUCAGCAGGGUAUGGUUUGGUUCUCUCCUUAGCUCAAUUUUUUAUGAACAAAGUUCUUAAAAAGGAGAGUUUCUCAGUGAUCGUGGAUGUCAUAGUGUUUCAAUCACUUGUGGCAACCAUUGCAAUUCUUGUGGGACUUUUUGCAAGCAGUGAGUGGUCAACUUUGAGGGAAGAAAUGAAUGAGUUUGAACUUGGGAAAGUUUCAUAUGUCAUGACAUUAUUAUGGAUAGCCAUAACAUGGCAAAUUUUCUUAAUUGGAACGGUGGGUUUAAUACUAGAAGUCUCUUCUCUCUUCUCUAAUGUCAUAAGUGUUUUGGGUUUACCUAUUGUCCCGGUUAUGGCUGUCUUUUUCUUCCAUGAAAAGAUGGAUGGGAUCAAAGCUAUGGCUAUGGUUUUGGCUACUUGGGGCUUUGUUUCAUAUGCUUAUCAGAACUAUCUUGACAGUUACAGUUCCAAGAAUGAAAAUCCAAUAAGCAAUGGUUCACCACAGAGAGUGAAAGAGAUCAAUAGUUGAAUUAAUCAACUAGCUUGUUUUCUUAUUAGUUUACAUAAAUACAAAAAUAUCAAUAUGUAAGAUAUUCCAUUUGAAUAAGUUUAUAAAACAAAAAUCAAAUGUAAUGGGCAUUAUAGUUUUGUCUUCUAUUUGUCAUGCAAUAAUAGUAUGCUCAUUUAGGUUUAUAUAAAAUUGCUUUGCAGUGUAGAAUAUAAAUAUCAAUAUGACUAUGAUUAUAUUUUUGUCUUC